UGGGGGGUGCCGGAGGAGGAGGAGGAGGCUGGAGAAAGGAACAGAAAGGCCUUCACAGAAGUCACCCAGAUGGAGCUGCAGGACCCUCACCCUUCGCGGGAACUGCCCUGGCCCAUGCAGGCCAGAUGGGCACACAGGAACCUGAGCCUCUCUCUGCUGCCCCCUGCAGGCCAGUUUGGCGCCGGCACGGAGUCCUACUUCUCCCUGCUGCGCUUCCUACUCCUCCUCAACGUGCUGGCCUCUGUGGUUAUGGCCUGCAUGACGCUGAUGCCCACCUGGCUGGGAGGCGCUCCCCCAGGCCCUCCCGGCUCCAACACCUCCUCGCCCUGCGGCUCCUAUAACCCCCACUCCCAGGGCCUGGUCACCUUUGCCACGCAGCUCUUCAACUUGCUCUCAGGAGAAGGUUACCUGGAACGGUCCCCUCUCUUCUAUGGCUUCUACCCGCCCCGCCCACGCCUGGCGGUCACCUACCUGUGCUGGGUCUUUGCACUUGGCCUCAUCUGCCUUUUGCUCAUCCUGCAUCGCUCGGUGUCCGGGCUGAAGCAGACACUGCUGGCGGAGUCCGGGGAUCUGACCAGCUACAGCCACCGGGUGUUCUCGGCCUGUGACUUCGGCCCCUGCGGGGACGUCCACGUGCGGCUGUGCCAGCGCAUCAUCUUGUACGAAUUGCAGGUGGAGCUGGAGGAGACAGUGGUGCGGCGCCAGGCUGCCGUGCGGACUCUGGGCCAGGAAGCCAGGGUUUGGUUGGUGCGGGUGCUGCUCAACCUGCUGGUGAUCGCACUCCUUGGGGGAGCCUUCUAUGGCAUCUACUGGGCUACUUCGGUGUCUGGGCUGAAGCAGACACUGCUGGCGGAGUCCGGGGAUCUGACCAGCUACAGCCACCGGGUGUUCUUGGCCUGGGACUUCGGCCUCUGCGGGGACGUCCACGUGCGGCUGUGCCAGCACAUCAUCUGGUGGAGCUGGAGGAGACUGGUGCGGCGCCAGGCUGCUGUGGGGACUCUGAGCCAGGAAGCCAGGGUUUGGUUGGUGCAGGUGCUGCUCAACCUGCUGGUGAUCGCACUCCUUGGGGGAGCCUUCUAUGGCGUCUACUGGGCUACAGAGAGCAUCGUGGCGCUGCAGGUGCGGAGGGUCUUGGAAGAGGAAGCGGGUCCUGGAACCUAUAUUUCCAACGAUGGAGGGAGGGAAUGGAAGUUUGGGAUGCCAGAGGUCUUACAGAGGAAGUAUGGGAGAGGGCUCCUCUGUGGCCUCUGUCCUGGGGCGCUGGGUAGUCUGGCGCGGACCCAGGAGUUCCAGGUGCCCGACGAGGUGCUGGGGCUCAUCUACGCGCAGACGGUGGUCUGGGUGGGGAGUGUUUUCUGCCCUUUGCUGCCCCUGCUUAACACGGUCAAGUUCCUGCCGCUUUUCUACCUGAGGAAGCUUACCCUUUUCUCCACCUGCUCUCCGGCUGCCCGCACCUUCCGGGCCUCCACGGCGAAUUUCUUUUUCCCCUUCGUUCUUCUCCUGGGUCUGGCCAUCUCCAGCGUUCCCCUCCCAGCCUGUCUUGACUUCAGGAUCCCGCCUUCUAAGCUGUGUGGUCCAUUCCGGGAGCAGUCGUCCAUCUGGGCCCAGAUCCCUGAGUCUACUUCCAGCCUCCCUGAGACCACCCAGAACUUCCUCUUCUUCCUGGGGACCCAGGCUUUUGGAGAUCAGCCCCUUCUGCUGAUCUCCAGCAUCCUGAUGGCGUACACUGUGGCUCGGGCUAACUCCUACGGACGCCUCAUCUCUGAGCUCAAACGUCAGAGAGAGACGGAGGCGCAGAAUAAAGUCUUCCUGGCACCGCGCGCUGUGGCGCUAACCUCCACCAAACCGGCUCUUUGACCCCCGCAGCUCACGUCCCACUUUCAGACCCUAGGCCCAUUGUAAGCCUAGGUCACAACAUCUGUAAACUAGGAGAACUGGAGAAGACUCCACGCCCUUCCAGCUUUGGUAUCUGGAGAUUUCCACGGCCCCUCGCCGCCACGUCCCUGACUCUCGGGUGAUCUUUCUUGUAUUAAUAAAUACAGCCGAGGUUGCUGA